AGUUUAAUCUGAGAUAGUAUAACUAAUUUCACCUACUGGUGUUUGUUUUUACGACUGCAGAAAAGUAAUUAAAGAGGGGAUGGAGGGUGGAAGAGAAAAAGAAGAGGAACAAGAUGGCGUUUCCGUACAUUCUCCUUGCAAAGCUCCGCCGUCCUCCGCCUCUUCUCUUCCUAAGGAGCAACAGGAGGUGGAAUUGGAGCUCAGGCUAUUGGAAGCACUUGAAAUUUAUCCUCCCGUCAAAUUACGAGGCGUGCAUCGCCACUUUGUCCUCUAUGGUCUGAUGGAAUUCCUGAGGAAAAGCCUGGACCGGCAUUUUUCUCCAGACGAGGUUCUGCAGUUGCUAGAUCGUUUCUACAACUUGGAAGUGCUGAAACCAGAUGAUGAAGAGAUUGAUAUCCUAAACCAUGAGGAAGAUUUUUGCUUGCCACAAAGCUAUUUUGUCAAGGAAGAACCCUAAAUCAAUUUUGGGGGAAUUUGGGGGGGCAUCCUGAUAUUUGCACUAGACUUGGUUUUUUUUACUUGAGAUCUGAUGAUUUCUAACUGUGAUAAUGUUCCUUUAUCAAUUUGCACAAUAUUAUUGUAAAAAUUAGGUUGCAAUUUUGAUGGGAUGUAAUUAGUUUGGCUCUACCAUCUUUUGACACCUUAUUAUUACUUUAUUAUUAUUAUUAUUUAUCUCAGCUUAUUAUUACUUUA